AUGUUUACAAGAAAAAUGACUUUGUUGUCCUCAAAUAUGGCGGAAGUCCCGAUGCUUUUCCUCGGAUUCUGUUUAGUUGAUGGUGAGACAGCUCGGUGGUUAGAGCGCGGAUUUACUGACUGGAAGGGCCGUGGUUCGAACCCGACAUCUGCCUCUCGACUUCCUCUGCUUAGGCUUGGGCAACCUAGCAGUAUCCCAGCCCUCGAGCUGAUUGAACGCAAUCAAUGUGUGGAGCUGGGAUUUCACGGCUUGACUCGUCUGCUAAUGGAUGCCACCCUUCGACCACAACCCGGUGAUCCCGUCCACUCGAGAUUAUGCCAUCAUCCCCGGAUAGCAACACCGCAAUUUUUGCACACAAGGCUCGGUCAAAAGCUCAAUGGUCUGGUCACACUUAUAGAAUGUGAACGGUUGCGUUGUAGUCGGUUCCAGAAUGUGGCCUUGCGAUCUCUUGACUCUUGCUCAGUAGCCACGGACUUUGUGGGAGUACUGGGGCAUGUCACAACAGCGUCCGCUGACCUGGUGGCGUGUUUGGUCGAACCGAAUAUCGAGCGCCUUUGUGAUCCACCUGGAACCGCUGGACUUAGUCAGUUCUCGAUUUCGUGGCUU